CCACCAACAGAACAGCUCGUUCCUGUCACAUGGGGAGCUGGAGAAGCAGCUGCUGCAGGCCAACCCCAUCCUGGAGGCCUUCGGAAACGCCAAGACCGUCAAGAACGACAACUCUUCCCGAUUUGGCAAGUUCAUUAGGAUCAACUUUGAUGUCAAUGGUUACAUCGUCGGGGCCAACAUUGAAACAUACCUGCUGGAGAAGUCCCGUGCCAUCCGCCAGGCCAAAGACGAGAGGACCUUCCACGUCUUCUACUACAUGCUGACCGGUGCUGGGGACAAGCUGCGCUCCGAGUUGUGUCUGGAGGGCUACAGCAACUACCGCUUCGUUUCCAACGGCAACCUGACCAUCCCGGGCCAGCAUGACAAGGACCUCUUCACGGAGACGCUGGAGGCCAUGAAGAUCAUGAGCAUCCCCGAGGAUGAGCAGAUCGGCAUGCUGAAGGUGGUGUCCUCCGUCCUCCAGCUGGGGAACAUGAGCUUCAAGAAGGAGCGCCACACCGACCAGGCCUCCAUGCCCGACAACACCGCGGCCCAGAAGGUGUGCCACCUGAUGGGGAUGAACGUGACGGACUUCACCCGGGCCAUCCUGUCUCCGCGCAUCAAGGUGGGCCGGGACUACGUGCAGAAGGCCCAGACCCAGGAGCAGGCGGAGUUCGCCGUGGAGGCGCUGGCCAAGGCCACCUAUGAGAGGAUGUUCCGCUGGCUGGUGAUGAGGCUCAACAAGGCUCUGGACAAGACCAAGAGGCAGGGCGCCUCCUUCAUCGGCAUCCUGGACAUCGCCGGCUUCGAGAUCUUUGAGCUGAACUCGUUUGAGCAGAUGUGCAUCAACUACACCAACGAGAAGCUGCAGCAGCUGUUCAACCACACCAUGUUCAUCCUGGAGCAGGAGGAGUACCAGCGGGAGGGCAUCGAGUGGAGCUUCAUCGACUUCGGCCUGGACCUGCAGCCCUGCAUCGACCUCAUCGAGAAGCCUGCCAACCCCCCGGGAAUCCUGGCCCUGCUGGACGAGGAGUGCUGGUUCCCCAAGGCCACGGACAAGAGCUUUGUGGAGAAGGUUCUGCAGGAGCAGGGGGGGCACUCCAAGUUCCACCGGCCAAAGAAGCUGAAGGACGAGGCCGACUUCUGCAUCAUGCACUACGCCGGCAAGGUUGACUACAAGGCUGACGAGUGGCUGAUGAAGAACAUGGACCCGCUCAACGACAACGUGGCCUCACUGCUCAACCAGUCCACCGACAAGUUCGUCUCCGAGCUCUGGAAGGAUGUGGACCGCAUCGUGGGCCUGGACAAGGUGGCUGGGAUGUCUGAGAUGCCGGGGGCCUUUAAGACGCGUAAGGGCAUGUUCCGCACGGUGGGGCAGCUCUACAAGGAGCAGCUGUCCAAGCUCAUGGCCACGCUCAGGAACACCAACCCCAACUUCGUCCGCUGCAUCAUCCCCAACCACGAGAAGAAGGCGGGUAAGCUGGACCCCCACCUGGUGCUGGACCAGCUCCGCUGUAACGGGGUCCUGGAGGGGAUCAGGAUCUGCCGCCAGGGCUUCCCCAACCGCAUCGUGUUCCAGGAGUUCAGGCAGAGGUACGAGAUCCUAACUCCCAACGCCAUCCCCAAGGGCUUCAUGGACGGGAAACAGGCCUGCGUGCUCAUGAUCAAAAGCCUGGAGCUGGACCCCAACCUGUACCGGAUCGGGCAGAGCAAGGUGUUCUUCCGGGCCGGAGUCCUGGCCCACCUGGAGGAGGAGCGCGACAUGAAGAUCACCGAGGUCAUCAUCAGCUUCCAGGCCUGGUGCCGUGGUUACGUGGCCCGCAAGGCCUUCGCCAAGCGGCAGCAGCAGCUGACGGCCAUGAAGGUGAUCCAGAGGAACUGCGCAGCCUACCUGAAGCUCCGCAACUGGCAGUGGUGGAGGCUGUUCACCAAGGUGAAGCCUCUGCUGCAGGUCUCCAGGCAGGAGGAGGAGAUGUUGGCCAAGGACGAGGAGCUCAACAAGGUGAAGGAGCAGCAGACGUAUGCCGAGCAGCAGCUCACUGAGAUGGAGUCCAAGCAGCAGCAGCUGGGGGCGGAGAAGCUGGCCCUGCAGGAGCAGCUCCAGGCGGAGACGGAGCUGUGUGCCGAGGCGGAGGAGAUGAGGUCCCGCCUUGCCGUCCGCAAGCAGGAGCUGGAGGAGGUCCUCCACGAGCUGGAGGGCCGCAUGGAGGAGGAGGAGGAGCGCACCACGCAGCUGCAGACCGAGAGGAAGAAGAUGCAGCUCAACAUCGGGGACCUGGAGCAGCAGCUGGAUGAGGAGGAGGCCGCCCGGCAGAGGCUUCAGCUGGAGAAGGUCACCCUGGAGGCCAAGAUGAAGAAGGUGGAGGAGGACGUGAUGGUGCUGGACGACCAGAACAACAAGCUCAACAAGGAGAAGAAGCUGUUUGAGGAGAGGAUCUCCGAGUUCACCUCCAACCUGGCGGAGGAGGAGGAGAAGUCCAAGAGUCUGCAGAAGCUGAAGACCAAGCAUGAGGCCAUGAUCACAGACCUGGAGGACCGCCUGCGUCGCGAGGAGAAGCAGCGGCAGGAGCUGGAGAAGAACCGGCGCAAGCAGGACGGAGACUCUGCGGAGCUCCACGACCAGAUCGCCGAGCUGCAGGCCCAGAUCGCCGAGCUCCGCCUCCAGCUGGCCAAGAAGGAGGAGGAGCUGCAGGCCGCCCUCGCAAGGAUGGAGGAGGAGGCGGCCCUGAAGAACCUGGCCCAGAAGAAGAUCCGCGAGAUGGAGGCGCAGCUGUCUGAGCUUCAGGAGGACCUGGACCUGGAGCGGCAGGCCCGGGCCAAGGCGGAGAAGCACCGCCGCGACCUCGGGGAAGAGCUGGAGGCGCUGAAGACGGAGCUGGAGGACACGCUGGACUCCACCGCCACCCAGCUGGAGCUCAGGAGCAAGCGUGAGACGGAGGUGACCCACCUGAAGAAGGCCCUGGAGGAGGAUGCCAAGGUCCACGAGAUGCAGGUGGCGGAGAUGAGGCAGAAGCACGGGCAGGCCUUUGACGAGCUCAACGAGCAGCUGGAGCAGGCCAAGAGGAACAAGGUGUCCGUGGACAAGACCAAGCAGGCUCUGGAGUCGGAGCGCAACGAGCUGGCCAUCGAGCUGCAGACGCUGAUGCAGGGCAAGGGCGAAUCAGAGCACCGCCGGAAGAAGGCGGAGGGCCAGGUCCAGGAGCUGCAGGUCAAGCAUGGCGAGAGCGAGCGCCAGCGGCAGGAGCUGGCCGAGAGGGUCACCAAGCUGCAGGCGGAGCUGGACAACGUGAGCGGGUUGCUGAGCGAGGUGGAGGGCAAGUCCAUCAAAGCCACCAAGGACUGCUCCAGCGUGGAGUCGCAGCUCCAGGACGUCCAGGAGCUGAUGGCGGAGGAGACGCGCCAGAAGCUCACCCUGAACACCAAGCUGCGGCAGCUGGAGGACGAGCAGAACGGGCUGCGGGAGCAGCUUGAGGAGGAGGAGGAGUCCAAGAAGAACGUGGAGAAGCAGCUCCUCAUGGUGCAGGCGCAGCUGAUGGACAUGAAGAAGAAGGUGGAGCUGGAGGCGGGCUCACUGGAGAACGCAGAGGAGGGCAGGAAGCGGCUGCAGCGGGACCUGGAGGGCGUGAGCCAGCGCAUGGAGGAGAAGUGCGCCGCCUUCGAGAAGCUGGACAAGACCAAGACGCGGCUGCAGCAGGAGCUGGACGACCUGCUGGUCGACCAGGACCACCUCCGGCAGAUCGUCUCCAACCUGGAGAAGAAGCAGAAGAAGUUUGAUCAGAUGCUGGCGGAGGAGAAGACCAUCUCUGCGCGCUACGCGGAGGAGCGGGACCGCGCGGAGGCGGAGGCCCGGGAGAAGGAGACGCGGGCGCUGGCCCUGACCCGCGAGCUGGAGGCCCUGAUGGACAACAAGGACGAGCUGGACCGCAACAACAAGCUGCUGCGCGCCGAGAUGGAGGACCUGGUCUCCUCCAAGGACGACGUCGGCAAGAGUGUCCACGAGCUGGAGAAGUCGAAGCGUGGCCAGGACCAGCAGCUGGAGGAGAUGCGCGUGCAGCUGGAGGAGCUGGAGGACGAGCUGCAGGCCACGGAGGACGCCAAGCUGCGUCUGGAGGUCAACAUGCAGGCCAUGAAGGCGCAGUACGACCGCGACCUGGCCGGCCGCGACGAGAUGGGAGAGGAGAAGAAGAGAGCGCUGGUCAAACAGGUGCGGGAGAUGGAGCUGGAGCUGGAGGAUGAGAGGAAGCAGCGGUCCGUUGCCACGGCAGCGCGUAAGAAGCUGGAGCUGGACCUGAAGGAGCUGGAGUCGGCCAUCGACAUGGCCAACAAGAACCGCGAUGAGGCCCUGAAGCAGCUCAAGAAACUCCAGGCCCAGAUGAAGGAGCUGAUCCGGGAGCUGGAGGACACCCGCAUGUCCCGGGAGGAGAUCCUGGCCCAGGCCAAGGAGACGGAGAAGAAGUUGAAGGGCAUGGAGGCCGACAUGAUCCAGAUGCAGGAGGAGCUGGCCGCCGCCGAGAGAGUGAAGAGACAGGCCCAGCAGGAGAGAGACGAGCUGCAGGACGAGAUCAACAGCCAGGCUGCCAAGAACGCCCAGGUGGCCGAGGAGAAGAGGAGGCUGGAGGCUCGCAUCGCACAGCUGGAGGAGGAGCUGGAGGAGGAGCAGUGCAACACGGAGCUGGUCAACGACCGCCUCAAGAGAGCCCUGCUGCAGACAGACCAGAUGAACGUGGAGCUGACGGCGGAGCGCAGUACCUCCCAGCGCCUGGAGGGGGCGCGGGCGCAGAUGGAGCGGCAGAACAAGGAGCUGAAGCUGAAGCUGGGCGAGCUGGAGGGCACCGUUAAGAGCAAGUACAAGGCCGCCAUCGCCGCCAUGGAGGCCAAGAUCGCACAGCUGGAGGAGCAGCUGGACAUGGAGACCAGGGAGCGGCAGGCGGCCUCCAAGCUGGUCCGCCGUACGGAGAAGAAGCUGAAGGAGGUGAUCCUGACGGUGGACGACGAGAGACGCAACACCGAGCAGUACAAGGACCAGGCCGACAAGCUGAACUCCCGCAUGAAGCAGCUGAAGCGGCAGCUGGAGGAGGCGGAGGAGGAGGCGCAGCGGGCCAACGCCAACCGCAGGAAGCUGAUGCGCGAGCUGGAGGACGCCUCGGAGUCGGCCGACGCCAUGAACCGGGAGGUCAGCACGCUGAAGAGCAAGCUCAGGCGCGGCGACCUGCCAAUUACCAUCCGUCGCUUCGUGACGCGGUCAGGCGCGGAGAGUGACGAGGAGGGCGAGGCCAAGCCAGAGACCCCGGAGCCCAAGCCCGAGUGAGGCGGCGCCACAACAGCCUAUGGUGGUCUCCGGCAGAACUGCAUGACGAAUACACACCAACGAUUUAUAGCAAAACACAACUGACUGUACAGAAGGAUGGGGGGUGUACUGUACGAUCCACAGGAAGGGAAUUUGGCUGUUCAGUCGCACUCUCCACAAUGAUAGGAGUGACAAUCUAUGCACAUUUUUUAACUCUUGCGCUUGCAAAACAAACGGUAAAAACACACCAAUAUGCAGACAAUCGACCAUGCUGAGACGUAUUCUUAAUACACCCUACGCGCUUUUUUGGGAGGGCCAAAUAUCAUAAUUACUUGUUCCCUGAAGCUUAAAAAAAAUUAACGAAAAGAAAAAAAAUAUUUUUAUAUGGAAAACGUAUUCAAGGCCUUGGUUUAAUAUCUAUUUUUUUAAUCGAGGAAAGAAGAAAAGAAAACACAAAUAACUCCUUAAUCAGGAGGAUUACUGGAAGGGGACAAAAGGUGUGUGGGCGUCCAGAUCUGGACCAGAUGGAGCCGGCUUGAAACGGUUCUGGGUGGUGACGGUGAGCGAUCUGUGCUCCUUAAUGCUUUAGCUCUCGCGCCUCGCUUGUACAAGAGGCUGCUCGCUCAUUAUUGAUUAUUAUGUAUUGAUUUAGUGGACGUAUUAAUUCAGUCCGUACUUUACGCCAGACCCUGCUCCAAGAAUGCAUCAGUCGGCCAACCGCCGCGGUGAGGGCAGUUUGAACCGGUUUAGGACUCGUCCCCGAUGAUGCGGCUUCGCAGAUACUUUCUAUUUUUACAACCGGUCGCGCUCCAGCCGGGGCCUCGCCACAGCCUCGUAUCCAUGUGCCUAAAGUAGACCCGACUAUAGCGCUCUCCUCAACACUUAAAGCCUUACCUGUACGUCAGACCCACCAUAUCUAUGUAUUUUAACCCCGCGUCGUUUAACGUUUGUCUUCGUCUAUGACCAGUAUGGGGGAGGGGUGGGGGGCUGUAUGGGAGGAAGGAGGUUGUGGGGUUCAAUGCCGACAGAUUAGGGCCCCUCUUGCGGGGGUGUCUGGUGCCCCCUCCUGACUCUGAUUGGUCUGAGGAGCCAGGCGAGGGAGGGGGUGGUCAGGUGGGGGUCCUGGGAUGGUGACAUAUCAUUAGGGGUGGUUUUAUAUGAAGGUGUAGUGAUGACAUUAAGGCUCCUCUCGUUGUGCUCAGGGAGGGGGGGAGGGGGGGGCACACUGCUGGUUGGGUCGGAGGACUUAAAGGUGUUCCAAAAUUAUCUCGAUUCAAAGUCUUUCUUCCACACUUAUACAGGGAAAAAAACCAAAUGAAGAAAAAAAAUGUACUUUUUUUUUGAUUGUUCAACGUAUGUCUGCACCUCUGGAAGUAAAAAAAUCUUUACAGAUUACUUGUUAAUUGAUGAUAUUGCAAUAAAGAGGCUUCUAAACUGCUA